AUGAAUUCUCAUCCCAUUAAAAAAUUUAAAAUAAACAAUGGUCAUUCUCAACCUAUAACCAGGGAUUUCUUCAGAGAUAGUAUCCCGAAAGAUCUUCCUUCGCACCUCAUCCAUGAAAUACUCUUAAGAAGUGCCGCGGAGUGUUUAUUAAGUUUCAAGGGUGUAUGCAAGGAUUGGUGUUCGUUAAUCAAAGAUCCUAGUUUCGUGAAACAACAUCACGAUCAUCACAAAGCAAAUAACCAGUCCAUUGGUAUUGUUUUCAUCCAUGACUCGGAUUAUAUUGAACAAUACUAUCUGACGAUUUUAAACUCAUUGCGGGAAUACGAAGAUGUCCCAUUCAAUAAGGAGACCAAAACUGAGAAGUUUGGGAUAUCGGUGUCCACGGAUCGGAUAUUGAAAAUCACCUCCUGCAAUGGUUUGCUAUGUUUUCAUACAGAGUUUCCUUUGCUUAUGUUGAACCCCAUUACCAAGGAGAUGCUAGAGCUUCCGAAACCUCGGAUUGAAGAAGAAAAGGAGGAGGCAAGCGCAUGUGGAUUUGGCUUUGACGCAAAAAAGAAUGUAUACAAAGUGGUUCAACUGAAACGAUGUUUUUCUAACUCUUCAUUGGGAUGCGAGGUUUUAGAGUUAGGUACCACCAUGUCAUGGAGAAAAAUCCAACACCAACCCAGCUUUCCUCACCCAGAUUUAGGGGAUCCUGAGUUGCGUCCGGAACCAGUGUUUGUUGAAGGAUCAAUAUAUUGGCAAGCUAUCAAAAAUCAAAACAUCUUGUGUUUCGAUGUCGCAUCAGAGAUGUUCAGAUUGAUUCCUGCACCUGAUGGUAAGAAGACAGAACGUGGAGGCGCUUACACAACGUUCUUGGUAGAACUAGAUAGGAGUCUUUGUCUUAUGACGCACGAUAUCUCUUGUGGAGUGGUAGGCAUAUGGAAGAUGCAAAAUGACGACAGAAAAACUACAUGGAUCGAAAGCUAUAGUUUUGAUACGGAACGUAUUGAUCUUGAAGAUAUUGAUAUCAAAUCCUUGUGCAUAAGAAGUAAGAAGAUUUAUUUGAAAUACAGGAAAGGAUUGGCUUGUUACGAUACACAAAGUCAAGAACUGAUGGCCCCGGUAUUCAGUAGAGUAGCUGAUAAUAACUUAGACGCCGUAGCCUACACAAAAAGUAUUGUUUGUCUGCGGGAUGUAGUCGGGUCUUCUAUAAUGCGCUUAUGUACCUCCUAG